AUGAAGCUUUCACUUCUUGCUGCCUGGGCCCUUGGCGUCAACGCUGUGUCAUACAAAGGCGUUGACUGGUCGUCAGCGAUCGUCGCAGAAAACGCAGGCGCCGUAUACAAGAACUCCGCUGGAACCGCCCAGUCCUUGGAGAGCAUCCUCAAAGCGAAUGGCGUCAAUACCGUCCGUCAAAGGCUCUGGACGUCAAGCGGCAACUAUGGCCUCAACUAUAACUUGAAUCUUGCCAAACGAGCCAAAGCAGCCGGCUUGAAUAUCUAUCUGGAUUUGCACUUCUCGGACACUUGGGCUGAUCCCGGUAGCCAAUCUACACCGAGUGCUUGGUCGUCGCUGGGUAUCGAUGACCUCGCGGACAAGGUCUAUCACUAUACAAUGGACACCAUGAACAGCUUCGCAGCUGCUGGCAUCUCCAUCUCCCUCGUGUCGAUUGGCAACGAAAUCAGCAACGGCUUCUUAUUUCCCCUCGGGAAACUGGGAACGACGACUGGAAACUACAACUGCGCUCGACUUCUCCAUUCCGCUUCUUCUGGCAUCAGAGAUUCCAAAAUCUCAGGAGCCAAGAUCCUCAUCCACGUUGCCAACGGAUGGAACUUCGCCACGCAGAAGUACUUCUACGACACUGUCCUUGGUGCAGGACCUUUGACUUCUGCCGACUACGACGUUCAGGCUGUCUCCUACUACCCGAUGUAUGGCAGUGGUGCCACACUCGCCAGUUUGAAGUCCUCCUUGAGCCAAAUGUCUUCCAAAUAUGGCAAAAGUGUGAUGGUUGUUGAGACUAACUGGCCCGUCAGCUGUCCAAAUCCAAGUUCGGCUUUCCCCUCGGACCUUUCAAGCAUUCCCUUCUCAGCUGCAGGACAAGCAACCUUUUUGAAGGAUGUGGCGGGCGUGGCGGGCUCGGGUCUGAUGUAUUGGGAGCCGGCAUGGCUGAAGAAUGCAGGACUUGGGACCAGUUGUGAUGACAAUCUGAUGUUCGAUCAGACGGGAACGGCGCGGGGCUCUUUGUCGGUGUUUAGUGGCCUCUGA